GCCCCACGGUUCUGACGGGUUUAAGCACAAGAGUCGAGUGGAGAUAGGAAACGUGAUGGACGUCUGUUUGAGGCAACUGCAUAGGACAAUGUUUACAGUUAUAAUGUAAACUAAAGACCAGUUUGUUGAACCAUGAGAAUAUUUUUCCCCGCUGGUUCAUGGGCAGUAACUCGAUGAGCAAGGUUAAGGACACAAGUGCCCGUGUGCCAGCAAAGACCCCCAAUGAUCAUGUCCGAUACCCUGAACAUCGCCGCUGAGUUCCUCCUGCUUACUUUGAAGGUUUCCUGGGCUUUCGUGAUGUCGGGAUGGCGCUGGUUCGUGCGGCCCGGAGAGAAGAGGGUUGCUGGCCAGGUUUGUGUGGUGACCGGCGCAGGAGGAGGUCUCGGCCGCCUCUUUGCCGUGGAGUUCGCACGGCGACGGGCGGUGCUGGUCCUCUGGGACAUUGACAGGCAGAAACUGGAGGAAACGGCUGACAUCGUGUGCUGCGUCUGGGGAGAUGCCGACGAGGAUACUGUGGAGACUGAGGAGCCGCAGGUACACACUUAUGUGUGCGAUGUGAGCCAGCGAGAGAGUGUGUAUGCCACAGCGGAAAGGGUACGGCGGGAAGUUGGCCGCAUCGAUGUGCUCGUGAACAGUGCUGGUGUUGUAUCUGGUCGCCAUCUCCUGGAGUGCCCUGAUGAACUCAUUGAGAGGACCAUGAUGGUCAACUGCCACGCCCACUUCUGGACCACCAAAGCCUUCCUUCCCAAGAUGCUGGAGGUGAACCACGGUCACAUUGUGACAGUGGCGAGCUCCUUGGGCCUUUUCAGCACAGCUGGUAUUGAGGACUACUGUGCCAGCAAGUUUGGGGCAAUUGGCUUCCAUGAGUCCCUCAGUCAUGAACUGAAGGCUGCUGAGAAACAUGGCAUUAAGAUGACACUGGUAUGUCCCUUCCUGGUGGAAAGGGGCAUGUUCCAGGGCUGCCGGAUACGGAAGGAAGUGUCUCCCUUGCUGCCACCCCUGGAACCAGAGUAUUGUGUGAAACAGGCCAUGACGGCCAUCCUGACAGAACAGCCCAUGAUCUGCACACCCCGCACCAUGUACAUUGUGACCUUCUUUAAGACAAUCCUGCCUUUUGAAGCCAUUGUGUCCAUGUAUCGCUUCCUGGGAGCAGACAAGUGCAUGUACCCGUUCCUGGCCCAUUGCAAGGAGGCUGUGAACAACAAUGAGACAAAGAAUGGGACGCAGACGGUGGCCUGACUGAAUGGAAAUAUGUCAUGUUCCUUUGGAAAAUGAUUGUACUUUGCACUAAAUACAUUUAAAAAAAUGGUUUAAUGUUGAGUGUUUACUGUUAACGCUACAGAUGCGUGGGUGUUUUUGCACUGCUCCUUUCUCAGGGUGUUUGUUUUUUGCAGGGGAAUAUCAUCUCAUUGAGAGUGGGAUGUUCACUGAGCUGGUUGGAGGGGUUUGCUGCUCAGUGGACAUUCGGGUGUCCAACAGUAAUCAUGUAGAGAGAUAUCCACUUCUGUACCUACAGACUGAGAUGUGUGCUUAAUUCUGUGUAACUGCAGAUCCACAGCAAUAAAAAGGUUAAUACUUUAUGGUG